AGUCAUUCUGGAAAAUCUCUCGAGUAAUCAGUGCAGUGAUAAUUCAUACUGUUCUUUGUUUGGGAAUUGCUUAAAAACUUAACAAAAAUGAGUUCGCAAGGAUUAGAAAAAUAUAUCAUGAAAUAUAAUUUUGCUUACUGUGGUGAAUCGUCCAAAUAUCAAAUAAUUAGUAAAGUUGGUCAAGGUACCUUUGGAGAAGUGUUCAAGGCUAGAGACACCACUUAUGCAACAAUUGUUGCUAUGAAGAAAAUCAUCAUUGAGAAUCAAACAGAAGGGUUCCCUAUCACGGCGUUAAGGGAAAUACGGAUCUUUCAGUCACUCAAACAUGAAAAUGUGGUAAAACUAAUUGAGGUUUGUCACACCAAAGGCACACAAUCCACGCGCUAUCUUCCCACAUAUUAUCUCGUACUUGAGUACUGUGAUUAUGAUCUUGCUAAGUUGAUCUCCAAUACUAAGUUAACAUUUCGUUUAAGUGAUAUCAAAACAAUAGUGCAACAAUUAUUAAAUGGAUUAUAUUACAUUCAUAGUAAUAAUAUUUUACACAGAGAUAUAAAACCAGCAAACAUUCUAAUAACUAAAAAUGGUGUUCUAAAAUUAGCUGAUUUUGGUUUGUCAAGAGCGUUCAGUGCAAAUCAAUCUGACAAAGAAAAUCGCUAUACCAAUCGUGUAGUUACACUUUGGUACAGGCCACCAGAGUUACUUCUAGGAGAUAGAAAUUACGGACCUCCCAUUGAUUUGUGGGGUGCGGGGUGUAUAAUGGCUGAAAUGUGGACCAAAUCUCCGAUUAUGCAAGGUAACUCUGAACAACAACAGCUUACAUUGAUAUCGAAAUUCUGCGGUUUAAUUACAACAGAAGUAUGGCCAAGUGUUAAAAGUCUUGAUUUAUUUAAUAAAAUUGAUUUACCCAAAGUACAACAAAGAAGAGGCAUAGAAAAAUUAAAGACAUACAUCAAGAAUGCAUACGCUUGUGAUUUAUUAGAAAAACUUUUGAUUCUUGAUCCUAGUAAGAGAUACGACGCCAAUUCGGCGUUAGACCAUGACUUCUUCUAUACUGAUCCACUGCCUUCUGACUUGGGUAAAAUAUUGACUCAACACUCGCAGAGUAUUUUGGAAUCCCACACAUCAUCACGAAGACCAGCAAGAGACAUGCAACAUCCUUACCAUCGAAUAUCCAUUGGUGCGGCUAGACCUACUGUCAUCAGAACUUAUGAUGGUUAUCAAGAUCGAAUUUACUGAAGUAAUUUACAUAUAGCAUCAUAUUAUUUAUAAUUUAUAGAUAAUUUUUCUGUUCCUUUGCCCUAACAAAAAAAAAUGGCCCUUCUCAGGGCCACCAAAUUUUUCAACACGUAAAAAAA